UCGACGUAGCCCGUGUUUGUUUCCUGAAAUUUUUUUGUUAGAAGUUCGAUCUAUCUCCUUUGAAAUUAAGAAUGGUUACUAAAUUGGUAGCAAGACUGAGGUUAUAGAUGUUUUAAUAAAAGUACGCAAACUAAAUGACAGAUAAUGGCGAAUCAUUACGAAGUACCUAGCUGGGCUGGCAAACCUCCGGUUGGUUUGCAUUUGGAUGUAUUAAAAGAUGAUAAAUUAAUCCAGAAAUUGAUGGUGGACGAAAAGAAGUGCUAUUUAUUCGGCCGCAACCAACAAAUGAAUGACUUCUGUAUUGAUCACGCUUCGUGUUCGCGAGUUCAUGCAGCGUUGGUUUACCACAAGCAUCUGAACAGAGCGUUUCUAGUUGAUCUUGGUAGCACACAUGGAACUUACAUUGGAAAUAUGCGGCUAGAUCCCAAUAAACCGACUCAGUUACCCAUCGACAGUACCUUUCAUUUUGGUGCAUCGACAAGAUACUACAUUAUUCGAGAGAGACCGCAGUCCGGCACAAGACCGAUAAUUGAAGAAUUAGAAAAAUCUUCUGAAGAUAAUGAUGCGGGUGGCUUACUUGGACUGCCUGAGACAGAGACUGAGCUUGAUAAUUUGACGGAAUUUAAUACAGCCCACAACAGACGCAUCUCAAUGUUGGGGAUAACGGAUGAUGAUGUUCAUAAGGCGACGAGAAAGAGAAAAAAGAAAGGCAUCACAUUCAACGACGACGAGGAAGUUAUUAAUCCUGAAGAUGUGGAUCCAUCUGUUGGGAGAUUCCGAAACCUUGUACAAACGACUGUUGUUCCCAGUAAACGAAUGCGCAUGGAGGGCGGCCUUAUAUCGUUAUCGGAGGAAAAUCAUCAUCAUAUGAUGAAGCAUCUUCAGCCAAGUUCUGUAAUGCCACAACUCUACCACGAUCUACCUCCGGAACAGUUCUCUAACGCACAUUCGUCGAUGUCGAGUAACCCGUUUUCUACAGCACUGACAUCACUGACGUCUCGCCUAGGUAUAGCUUUACCAAACCCGGCCCCCGAAGUAGAAAUGGCGCCGCACCAAAUGCAAACGGAGGUGCCCCACAUUCCAGAUAUAUCAGGAUCUUCGGAGCCACAUUCAUUAGAGCCUAAGAAAAAAAAAUACGCGAAGGAAGCUUGGCCCGGGAAAAAACCGAUGCCCACUCUUUUGGUGUAAUUGUAGACUUCGGAAUUCAGCUAUCUCAGAUCAGUGGUUAUGAACGAUUUAAUCACCUGUGUCCAAAAGACUUUCUCAAUGGGAUAAUGCGACUAAUUCGAAAUUAUAUUUUUCUAAAACAUACAUACGACUAAGUAAUUCGCAACAAUUAAUGUACGAUUGUGAACUCUAUAGAUCUGGAUACCUUUACAGUAUAGAAACUAAUAGUCUAAAUGAACACUGCUGUCACCAAUCUGAAAUAGCUAUCUUAAGAAUAUAGAUUAAAUUCGUGAACUAUUUACCCGAUGAAGUUUAAUUGCGUGGUAUCGUCCAAGUUUUCAACAAAAAUUUCCCAUUCAAGUAUAAGCCAUGAUUGUAUCGUCGUCAGUGAAGUGAAAUGUGUAAAUAAAGUAAUAAAAGAAAUUGAUCUGUUGACAAUUUUAAAUCCCACUCGUCUUUAAACGGACUUACUUAGAGUAAUCAAAUCUAGCGUAAUAUUUGGUGGUGAAAUCCUCGUUCGACCUUCCGGAGGUAAACGAUUGUCGAAAUAGUACAAAUUUUCCCAUUACAAGUAAAUAUAUUUCACAAAUUAAUGAGAGGUAUACAUUUUAUGAUACAAUAUAUGUAUGAUCUAUUUUGCUCUUACUAUGAAAUUCAGUGUCAAGGAGCAAAGUAUUGAAUUUAUAAUAAUAUAUUGAAGUAACAAGUAAAAGGUAAAUUCACAAUCAAGUGUCAUCGUUCAACAGUAUAUUCAUCAAAGUGUUCAAUAUAAAUUUUUUACAUCUAUUGUUAAAUGUUUAAGUGUAUAAAAACAGUAACGAUUGUUUUGUCUUUCAUUCGAUAAACCUAGUCAGAAAUCAACUUUAAUUCAUUAUGCCAUAAAGCUGUUGUGUAGAUUUUAAAUUUUACAAACCCUAGUUGAAUUCCAGUCCCAAAUAAUCGAGAGUAUAAUAUAAAAGUUCAAAUUCAGUAGAAAAAUAGAAUGUACAUUAUUGAAUGUUGGUGAUUUAAAAUUAGUUUGUCAAUCUAGCAUGAUUGUGACACAUUGUCGUGAGUGGCAAUCUCAAUAGGCCAUGAAACAGUACUUUUGGAAACAAAGUCUCUAAGAUCAGAUUUGAUCUUGACAAAUCUUCGCUUGAACUCGAUACCGCAUCCUUUGGACAAUCUAAAAUCUACGAGUGUUUUCCCAUCCAUAUCAACGAUGUUUGCUUUGAAAACAAGAGGCAUUUUCCGUCUAUCAACAGUUGUAACUGUGAUCUGAAAGAAGAAUGUGAUAUUAUUAGCAAAAUUUCAAUUGUUCUCGUGACAAAAAGUUCUUACAAUGAUAUUUUUUAGAAUUUGUAGGUAAUCUAUGAUCAGAGUAACUAUCGAGUUCUAUCUCAAACUUAACUGAAGUUGCCAAAAAAUUUGUUUGUUUAGAGUAGUGAAAUAACUUACAACACCAACUUCGCUGACGCGACAUGUGUAUCCUUCCUUUUCCAAAACAGAUAACAACUUCUUUGCAAAGCUGUCACCGU